GCCCUCUACAGGGACGUCAUGCAGGAGAACUACGAGACGGUGACCUCACUGGGAUUUCCCAUUCCCAAACCUGAGCUGAUCGCCCGGCUGGAACGAGGGGAAGAGCCGUGGGUCCCGGAUCUUCAGGCCUCUGAGAAAAAGGAGGUCAUGCAAGUCACCCACAAAGGUGAUGAGACCCUGAGUGAGAACAAGGAGGUGAAUUGGCAGGUGGAACCAGAGAGGACCUUUUUGAGAGGAGCUGAAGGGAAUUGUUCCCAGUGCUUGGAACAGGGGAAAGCCUGGGGAAAUCGGGGUGGGUCAGAGAGGCAGCUGGGAAACCAGCCAAGGAAGAAAGUGGAUGAAUCCAUUCAAGGUGGGGGAGGAUGCACAGAUCCCAAGGAAACCACCACCCAGCAGACAAAUCCCAAGGACGAGAAACCCCACAAAUGCCUCGACUGUGGGAAAAGCUUCAGUGUAAGAACCAACCUUAUUACGCACUGGAAAAACCACACGGGAGAGAAGCCCUAUAAAUGCUUGGACUGCGGGAAAAGUUUCCGUCAGAGCUCACACCUUAUUACCCAUCAGAGACUGCACACGGGAGAGAGACCCUAUAAAUGCCUGGAGUGCGGGAAAAGUUUCAACGUGAGGUCGGCCCUUAUUGCGCAUCAGAGAACGCACACGGGAGAGAAACCCUAUAAGUGCCUGGACUGUGGGAAAAGCUUCAAUGUGAGAUCAGCCGUUAUUAGACAUCAGAGAAUCCACACGGGAGAGAAACCUUAUAAAUGCCUGGACUGCGGGAAAAGCUUCAGUCAGAGCUCCAGCCUCACUAAACAUCGGAGGACCCACACGGGUGAGCGACCCUAUAACUGCCUCGUGUGUGGGAAAAGUUUUAGCGACAGCUCGUCCCUUAUUAAACAUGGGAGAACCCACACGGGAGAGAGACCAUAUAAAUGCCUGGACUGUGGGAAAUGUUUCAAUCUGCGAUCAGCUCUUCUUGCCCAUCAAAGAACCCACACGGGAGAGAAGCCCCAUAAAUGCCUGGACUGUGGGAAAAGCUUCAGUCAGAGCUCAAACCUUGUUACGCAUCAGAGAACCCACACGGGGGAUAAACCCUAUAAAUGCCUCCACUGUGGGAAACGGUUUAACGUCAGCUCAGCCGUUAUUACGCAUCAGAGAAUCCACACGGGAGAGAAACCCUAUAAAUGCCUGGACUGUGGGAAAAGCUUCAGUCACAGCUCAAAUCUCACUAAACAUCAGGGAAUUCAUGAGGGAGAGAAAACCUAUAAGUGGGACACGUUUCAAUAGGAAGUCGACCCUUAAUACUCAUCAGGAGACCCCAGCGUGGGAGAGAGGCCUCAGAAGUGUCUCUGUUGAGGGAAAAGUUACAUUCAGAGAUCAGCCCUUGUUCCGCAUCAGACACGCCACAAAAUAGAGAAACCCCAUAAAUGCUUGGACUGUGAGAAAAGCUUCAGUAACAGCUCAGGCCUUACUUAAUACUGGAGAACCCACAUGAGAGAGAAAAACCUUGAAUGUUGGGGAAGCUUCCCCUAGUAUCUGGCAGCAGCAGAUCUGUGCAGGGAAGAAACUGCUGAGAUGUCCUUAGCAAGGAAAAUGCUCCAAGUGGAGCCAACACCAUGUCAGAUGUCAGAGACUCCUCCGCACAUGGGACUAAUUCUCUCAGGGCCCUGACUAAGGCUGGCCAUGGUGACAAACCCAUUUCCUCAUUCCCACACACAUCAGGGGCGUUUGGCUCCCAAGGAUCCAACUGCCCAGCGCUGGGGUGAGGAUCCAGCAGCAGCCGAGCAGCAGCUGGUCAGGGACCCUCUGGCUCUGCCUGGUCUAAGCAAACCCCAGGCAGAGGAGGAGAAGCCCCCAUCAGCCCCUCCGCCCUGCUGCAGCCCUGGCUGCUGAGCUGAUGGGCCACAGGUGGGGGAAAGGAAAGAGAGAAACUCCUCCAGCUGCUCCCUCUGCUUGGCUGAAGUUCCCCCGCUCCCUUCCCCUGCCAGCUGGGAUCCCCCUGCCAUGGAGAUGAGGAGGAGGACACUAGGGCCAGGCCCCACCUUCAUGCUAGACCCCUGUCCCCAUCCCCCAUCUUCCACCAACCCCUGGGCUGGGCUCCCGCACUGACCUGGAGCUGUUCCCUGCAGGGCGAGUGUCCCUGGGGGCUGGUAACUCCUCCCCUCCUCGAAUCCCCCAGGGCGGUGGGCUCUGGGGGAUCAACCGUUAAGGGACCAGGGCGAUGGGUUCUGGGGAGGACACUGGGGAUUGAAUGGUUGGGGCUGGGGGAGAUGAGACACAAAGGGGAGCUGGGUGCUGGGGUAUCGAGUGUUUGGGGAUGAUGGGAUCAGAGGUGAGGGAGAGCACAGGGGUAGAGAGAUGCUGCCUCAUCACUCACCCCCUCUGCCCCUUCUCCCUGCCCCCUCUGCAUUCACCGAGAGGGACUGAUUUCAACAGGGCCUUUUAUGGGAGGCCUGGAGAUCCCACCUCUGCCUCAGCAGCAUCAGCCUCCGAGCAUCCAUCUGUGGUAGGAAGCAUGGUCGGGAUCAGCCAGCUCGUCUCCUCUGACUCACCCACCCCCAUCCUACCCUAGACUGAGCCUGAGCAUCUAAUUCAUUCGGACUCCACCAUUAGCAGAGUGACUGUUCGAGUCACUGAGUUCCCCCUCGGGGGGUAGGUUCUCUCCCAGCCAGUCUCCCCUCGAUCCAGGCCAUGCCAGGAAGCAUUUAUUUUUGUACAUUUUCUCUCUUACAGACGAGAAUUAAAUGGAUUUUCAAAGAGUUGGAGCAAGGGUAGUAAAACGUGGUGUUUUAGGUACUAUGCUGUUUGAGAGCGAUGGGGUGAGUCCCAGGGAUUCCCUCCUUCCCUCAUCACUGUCACGCUCCAUCCUUGAUGCAGCAGCCUCUGUCUGAGCCUUGGAGAAUUUUAUCCUGUCCCUGUUCUACUCCACCCCCCAAAGUGUCGCUUACCACAGUGUCCCUGGCUCUCCAUGCGUAGGAAUCACACUUGGAUCCUAAAUCAGACUCCUGGAAGUGAAAGUGUCACCGACCUGGGCUGGGGUUGGGGGAGGAUUCAGAUGAACCCCAAAGCACAAGCUAAGGUUUCUGAGCUUAAAUUCCAUCUAUCGGUAAAGUGGCUUCUGGGCUUUUCACAGCCAUUUACAGAUCAUUUGUCAAGGGGAAGGUUUUGGUUUUAUUUUAUUUUUUUCUGUUUCAUUGUGAGGAUGCUAGAAUUCUGUAACUAACACAACUGAAUAGCGAGGAGGUGCUGAGUGAAGCAGUUAGUCAGCUCAGAAGGAAAUGAGUCAGCUUGUUCUCCUGAUUGUGAAUCUGAAGAUCCUCUGGGAUUUCACUUUCUGAAUGUAAAAGUGUUUCGUAGUCCACUCUGUAUCAUGGGGUUUUCUUUCCUGAAGGUGUUGGGUCAUGUACUUUGAUAUUUGUUUGGUUUGAUAGGUGAUGGGAGACGUGAUGAGGCAAAUGACUAUUUGCCAGAAUAGUCCUUUCCCAUUUUAGUUUCACCUCUACCCCAUCGUGAGAUUUUCAUGUGGUUUGAACAAUGCCAAUUGUCAAUAUGUAUCGGCACAAACAGGGUGAGUGCUAGAUUUACCCUCCCAGAGGCAGAGACUGAAAUGAAGAAGGAAGUUACUGCCUGAUCCCUGCAACGAUGCGAGAUAUAGUCGGGAGGUGAGGGGUACAGAGCUGGAAAAUUGCACAUUUUGCUCUUGAGAGCCAGACAGCCAGUACUGAGAACUGUGAACUUGCUGCAGUGGGGCGAGAGAGAGACAGGCAAUGUCCUAUGAUUGCCAUGGGAAGGCACCCCUGAAAUCUAAAGGGCUAUGAAUGACGCCCCAAGAGGGGAGAGGGCAGCGUCUUCUCAUUGCUGAGAGGGCGAGGCUGGGCAGAUGCAAGAAGGAAGCCGGGGAAGUCACGAGGCCUGAGCUCCCCGGAAGCCAGGCUCACCCUCAUCAAUGAGGCCAAAGGGAGAGGAGGAGCCUGAAAUUUUAGCCCCUCCCCAUCCACCGCAGAGUCCUGGGUGCAGAUGAGAGAACCCCUCUGUGCCCCACUUGCCCCACACUGCAUCCCUCGAACCCGAGCUCGUGGGGUUUCCUGCUCUCCGAGCAUUUGCUCUUGUGACUAGAUCCCGGCAUCUCUCACGGACUGUCUGUGCUUUUCUACCAGCUUUAACUUGUUUCUCUUUCCCUGGUGCCCGCGGGAGCUGGGAGCAGCACGGUGCUGGCCUGGGACAGAAAUCCACCGGGCUGGCCUGGGCUCCGGGCCCUGGCUGGGGAGGUGGGUUUAGCUUGUAUUUCUCCUUUGGAAAUGAUAAAGCAGAACAUAG